GUAUACAACUAUCACACCAAGCCCCGCACCACCUGUGUUUUCUCCCCUGUCCUCCAGGACUCGCGUGCUUUACUCACACAUCCAGGCUUUAUAGACUGGACACAGAACUGCAUGUUUCAGGCGACACCGACAGAACUGGGCGAGACGAUUGUUUCACUGAGUCGGGAGCACGGAAGCCGUGACGUCAUGCCUAUUAGGCACGUGUGUACCUGCAUGAUUGCUCAGCCUGGUGACGUAGAACUCAGGCCAACCCCAGAAGAUGUGACAGUGAGAAGACUGACCAGUUCUGACGCGGCCUUUGUAUCGGAGAACUGGACUCACAGACGAGCAGGAAGUGACGAUUACGUCAGAGAACUCGUUCAACGUUUCCCCUCUGUUGGGGUGUUUGACAG